AUGGACCAGGAGGAGGCCCCACCGCCUUAUUCGGCCGUCGACCCGUUGCUUGCGCCGGCCGCCAACAGGAAUAGCAACGCGGCGCAGACUGCGGUUCCAUUGCGCGCAAAUGUCUCAGUGUCACCGGAGGCAGGCAGCUCGUCCUCGGCAGCCUCGCCUGUCGUCCCAACCCAUUUCACAUCCGCCGCGACCUACUUCGAGCAACGACCUCCCACAGUGGUGGACGAGAGCCGAGCAUUGCUGCACCAUCAUAUGACAAUAUACCCCCGCAGCCAAGCGAAGGAUUUCCCCCGGCGACCCCGCUGCUGGGCAAUGCGGAUGAAUGAGAUUGCGCAGCAGGAUUGGGAUACCUUCUUGAAAUAUCUCUUCCCACCGCAAUUGGGCUUGGCUGCUGCCUCGCAACAUCUGCCAAGACAGCUGCGAGCGGAGAUCCAGCGCGAUCGCAAGGAUCGUCCACAGGAGACCGAUGAGCAGCGUCGUGCUCGUAUUGCUGCCGUGGUGGACGAAUGGAAUCAGUGCUUCUUUGAAUUGCGCGGAACUCGCAUCAUCUCGGUAUACGUGGGCGAGCCUGAUGCUGCGCCUACAUCGGCUCUAUGCCCUCGCUGCUAUCCGGCUGCAACGAAGGCUACCUCAGGCACUGGUAGCAUAGCUUCUCCAGAUCCCAGAGCACAGAAUGCGCCAGAGCCGGUGGCGGGACAGCCUGCUCCGUCCCUGACCUCUUGGCCCAUACCUCCGAUGCCUAUGAUGCCCCAUGGCCCUCCAUCGCCGUUCGGUGUUCCAUUCGGGGCCCCCCAAUUCCCCAGACCGGGUGCAUCUCCUACUCAUCAGCCGCCUCAGUACUAUCCGCAACCUCCGCCAGGUACAACACCGUGGGGACCCUGGAACAAUUGGUCAUAUGCCCAGCCGCAGUAUACCAACACUGGUAGCGGAAAAAGUGGUACAUUCGGGUGGAUCUCAGAUCUUGCUUCCAAGGCCCAAAAAUACGGCGACCGGUUUGCCGAACAAGCAGAGCAGUAUGGCAACCAACUCAGCUCGCAUGCUAUGCACUAUGGCCGGCAGUUUGAAGAACAGGCCCUCGCGCAUGGCCGCUGGCUGGAAGAACAGGCCAGACUGCACGGGAGAAAGCAGCCUGCAUACCAAGGGUAUCCGCCGGCGAUAUACGCCAAUCCAAAUCCAUACCCUGGCUGGAGUCCUAGCCCUACCAGCGGUCCAGGGUCAACUCCAGCCACGCCAACCAGCAAUCUAACACCGACGAGCCAGCCAACGGCCCCGCCCACUACACAGCCCAAUCUCCGAAAUAAAGACGACGAUAAAUCUUCCAUUGAACAGUCACGACGUGCAUCCAUCACCUCCACAUCUUCCGAGUCUUCCCUCAGCUCCAUCGACACCAUCUCCACAACAUCUGACCUCAGCGCCUCCGACCUCGCCAACGUACGCACACAACUUCAAGAUCUUGACGAUCGCCAUGACCGUAUAUUAUACGAUGCAGCCGUCGACCUCCGUCGCCAGCUCCAGAUAUUGCAAGAAUCCCGGCGCGAGGCCCGCGCCUCUGGCCGUCGAAACUGGCUCCCAGGAACCCGUCCUCAGCAGUCCCAACCCACAGACAGCAAUGACUGGGGCCGAUGGGAAUCGCCAGAACAACAGCAGCGGGCCUCGAUCGACCGUCGAGCCAUGAAGGAAGAAAUGCGCGCUACACGCAAAGCAUUCCGAGACGUUGUCCGACGUGCGCGGGAUGAGCAGCGUGCGCGACGGCGCGUGAAGCGAAACCGCCGCCGCCAUGGCCCUCAAACCGAUGACAAGGCCAAAGAGCAAUUGGCGCUGGACGGGAGCAUGAAGAACCUCGCAUUGAAUCACUCCACCCCUGCCAUCGCGCAUACGCAGACAAUGCCUGUUGCCCAGCCGCAGCCACAGCGGGUACCCAUGCGGUCUGAGACGAGCUCGGAGUUCAGCGGGAGGAGUAAUAUGAAUACCCCUUCUUCUGUCUCCCAGGCGAGCGUCCAUGAACUUCCUGCCGAUAGCUCUGAUAAAAAGCCUAAAUCGGGCCGGAUUAAAGAUAUGUUGAAGCCGCGGUCUAAGAAGCGGGACGAGGACAAGUCGAAGAAGGACGGUGCUUCUUAA